AGAGCCUCAGCCACACUUGAUGUUCCACCCAGUCUCGCGCGUUCGGCAGUGUAUCCAGUGAAAUCUUCAGCUUAGACUAUGAGCUCUGGACACUACCACAGAAGAUGGUCAGCGAACACUGCGGGAAGAACAACGCCAACUUCACAAACCCUCGCGAGUACGGUCGAGCCGAGCACAUAUGGGACAAGUUGGAACUCAGUACGCUGGAAUAAGCCUUCAACUACGGGUUAUCGAAGCCACUCAGCAGCGAUCGCGUCGCGAUUUGAGCCGAAACCGAAGCCUUUCUACACACCCUCCUCUACAACCUCCUCGGCUACACCUCGCACCACAACCACAUCGCGAUACUCAAAUGCAAACAGUGAAGCCGCCAAGAUCGCAGCUCAGGUGGCAAGUCUCGGCCCAUCAGUAACCACGCGGGCAUCGCGAUUCGACACCACCACUCGCGACAGUGCGAGCAAAUAUCGCAGCGAAGCGCGCGAUAUCAUCAACAAAUGGACGAGCCGAGAAAGGAAUAGUGAUCAAGAUUUCUCUAGAGUUCUGCGAAUCCCAGCGAAGCCUACAAGUUACUACUCAUUGCACUUCACGUCGCGAAAGCUGUUUGGUGACAAUUCUUUCUUGUCAAGACCUUCGGAGAAUGUUGCCGCUAAUGGAUACUUGAAUAAACCGAGCGAGUAUCACUAUCGCAAAUCGUCAUCGGUAACACCAACACGGUCAAAUGCAUCGACAGUGUCACGAUAUUCCGAUAAGACCAGCAUACUCUCUCCGUCACCAACUCCAACAUCACAACCACAGAUCGCUGAUCCCAAUACCGCCAAUUUCAGCGUACCUCGGGCCGAACGUCCAUGGCGCCAACGACUCGCCGAGUCGUCGCGGAUCCGUGCGUCGCUGGGCGACGACUACCGAUCUCGUCUUGGCUCUACAGAUAGCACAGCUAGUGCACCAAGAGCACGAACAUCCUAUACUCCAUCAUUCGCUAUAAAUUAUGCUAAGCCACAAACGGACACUCAUCCGAAACAUCUGAUGUCCAGAAGCUAUUCGCCCAUCCGACCUCGAGACGAGAUCUACAAAUCUCUUACAGCUGUAGAAAAACCGCCACUUUCAAAAGCUAGGACUCCUGAUCGGCUGAGUUCAAGUCAAGAAUCAUUGCGGGAAGAGAGAAAACUACAUGCAGGAGUUUCGACAGCUCCUAAGAAUCCCUCGAUCCGCGAAAGUAGUCUGGAACGCGAAGCAGAACGGCCGAAAAAGCGAUCCAGUAAGGAGCGAACCGCUCGACGAAGCUCUCGACAACAGGCUUACAAUCAGAGUUCAACGAGCGAAGAGGAGAUCGAUCGAUCACUCAACAGGGCUGAUGCGAAACGACGACGACGACGAAGGAAGGAGUCGUCAGAAAGGGGAGUUGCAUUUCCUGGCAACUCGGCACCCAAUGGAAUGCCGAAAUCGCCAGAUACAUCGUUGCGGCUUGCAAGGCAAGACGAUGUGAAAAUUAGCCCAGCACGGACACAACCUAAAACAAAUGCCAUCAGUCCACCGCCAGUUGUAAGUCCACCGAAGGUAACUCCCAUCAAACUUAUGCAAGAAUCCACGACGCCAAAGGCUGGCUCUGUUGAGGUACCCAAGAAACCUCUAGCAGCAAAAGAUGCAAAAGGCGUCAUAGUUAUUGAAGUUGGUGGUCCUCUGAAGAGCGAUGAUCCGAAACGUUCAGUAAAGGACGCGAGUUCAUCGUCUACAGCUGUUGAAUCCUCAACUACAGCACGUCCGCAAAAGUUUACCACUGAUGCAUCAAGUAUUCCGGAAGAUGAAAGCCAAUAUAGUGCAGUGGUUCUUUUCAAACCAAAUAAGCCAAAAGUGAAACGGGUCGCGCCAGUGCCUGGAUUGUGGAAAGUCGCUGGUGCAGAUGAAUUUAUUAGCAAAAAUAAACGGUUUGUAAGGGACCAACAAGAAAGGGGCACCGCAUUUGUGUGGGAAGUUCGCCCACAUGCUCGCAUAAGCAAACGUACAAAGGCUUCACCAAGGAAGGUGAUGGCGCCGCCGCCACCACCAGUGACGGUGGCACCACCACCAGCGGCGGUGGUCGUCAAACCAACGCCGAAGCAGGAGGAAGUAAAGAAGGAGGAGAAGAAGGAGGCUAAGGAGCUGAAGGAGAACGCUGCCAGCGGCGAGAAGGACAAGGAGCAGAAGAAGGGCAGUGGCGCGUCGAGGAUCAAAAAGCUGUUCACAGCGAAAACGAGGCCAAGUGUGCCAGAGCAAGCGAAAGUCGAGAAAAACGAAGAGAAAAUAGAAGCGACUAAGCCGGCACAACAGAACCAGGAGGUUGAAAAGCUAGAUUCCAAGCCAAAGGAGACCAAAAAAAUCGAAGCGCCGAAGAAAACGCAGGUAAAGAACGGAUCAUCGAAGGACGAGAAGAUUUCUGUAGCCGAAGCGCAGAAGAAAACGGAGGAAAAACCGGCCAAGCCCGCUGUGCAGAAAGAAGAAAAAACACAGAUGUCAACGACUAUCAAGUCAAAAUCUUCCCGCGCUGAAGGAAUUUCGGCUAUUCUUCUGGCGCCUAUGUGGUUGUCGAUCAGAAACACGCGAAAGAUUCGAGAAUGCAAGCCGACGGCGACUCGAAAUGUUCAUCAUACAUUCUAUUGGAUGCCUACACCACUUAUGGCCAAAAAGACAUUGCAGCAGAAAAAGAAAAGCACAUCAUCUGCAUCGUUAAUGUGCAAGGCCAGUGUCGUCAACGCUAGCUCAUGUCAAGAAGCAUUUAGGAAAAAACCAGUACAGCAUGGAGCGCAGGUGAUCGUGGACAAACCAAUGCCCGACAUCAACAUCUGCCGUAUUCGCAUGCGAAUUAAACGUCCAUUGCCCAUGCCUGUGCCCGAGCUUCACAUUCCGCCCAAACAGCUUAGUAGUGACCGAGAAUCGUCGUCUGUACGUCUACGAUCUGUGGACAGCGAUGCGAAGGCAUCACCACUGCUUUCGCAAUCGCGAGCUUCGGAGGUUUUAGACGAAAUGAGGCAUUCCGAACCAGCACAUGUGGUUAGACGAUCAAGUAAAGAGGAAGAUUACAACAGCUUGGGUUUCCUGAUAUUGCCGGAUCAAUCGCUGCUUGAGGAAUACGUCAAGAGGAAACGUGGACGUCUCGAACGCCUCAGGUCGGAACCGAUCCCGGAGAGGGAUGAACCACGCUGCCAUUCGCCAGCAAACUCGACUGCUAGCGAGUUAUUGCCAGCUUGUGCAGUUCGGGUGUUCGAACGUAGUCCACACGGAGUGCCGGUGAUCACCAGUGGACCAUCAAGAAGUGUGUCACGGCUAAGUAGUGUGAGCUGCGCCACACCGACCACACCUUCAGCCAUGGUCGAGACGUUAUCCACGUACAAUAACUUCAACGCUAAACCACAAGCGUUCUUACGUGAACCGAACGCCCGCAUCCAGAUCGCCAAACCGAUCCAGUUUGAUCCGCCAAAAACACCGUUCGAAGAACGCCUACAGCAACAAGCGCAUGCCAUUCGAAAAGCAUCGGCCGCUUCGCUUGCCGCAUCCGAACAGGACCGUCACUCUUCUCCACGGCGCGUGUCGCAUCCGACGGAUGGCAUGACUUCGUUAUCAAACUCAUACACAGCAGCAUUAGCGGCAAAUACUAAUCCGGCACGACACGAGCGCUAUGCUGCUCAUAUCCCAGUGAACAAAGGCGACAACAGUGGUCGACAAAGCACAGCCAGUCAAGAUAGUCAACAAAGUGUUGCCUUGGACAACGCAACAAAGCAGCUCGAUCAAGUCAUCGAUCAGGCUCGACACAAACAUAGUCAACAUCGCAACAAAUUCAAGGAGGCUAUCGACUACCUCGAUCAGAUAUUCGAGGAUCUCAAGAAGGAAGUCGAUACGGGUGUCGAGGACAAGGUCAAGGACCGAAAUGGAGCUCCCGUUGCAGCACAACAACCGUCGACGGCCACUACUUCGCCGCCCGACAACAUUCGGCGACCCACCGUAAUCCACCCAAACCAAUCUAAACCGUCGACGAGCACUUCAAAUAGUAACGUACGACAAGUGAAACCCGUACAGCCUCCUUCACCCGUUGAGAUUGUUCUACCGCCUCCACCACCGCCAGCUGAGACUGAGUCAGUCGAUUUUGACGUCACCGAAACCAUCGUUCUACCGAAGAAGACUGACAAACUGGAUUUCACAAGGAGAUGGCUUCAAGACGACCUUAUGUCGUUGGCUCAUCAGCCACCGGCACCCAUUAUGAUUAUGCCAGAGCAGUGUUCAUAUUACAACGACGUCGAUGAGCACUCAUUGGGCAGCUGCUCGGCCGAAGUUGCUGCUAUUAACCUAGCCGGAAAGAGAGAGAAACCGAGAAAGAGCAACGGAAUCGCAAAGAUAGCCUCAUUGGAAAAGCCGGCGCCCAUAAGGCCACAACCCUGCCGUCCCCAACCAGUCUAUGCACCACCACCAAAAACUAGCGGUCUACGACACUUCCCUGUUGAAUUGGAAGUGCCACCAAUACAACGGGUAUCGUCAUUCGAUCAUGUGCCUGAUCGAAAAGACUACACUAACACAAACACAUGGCGAUCUGGAUCACAGGAGCCCUAUCAAACUCAGGGUAGCGUCAUCUCUGAAGAUGCGUUACGGCCAUCACCGUCCGCUUUUCAGAGUGUGUCAAGCUUCUCAAACCGAGGAAACAUGAGAGGGUCAUUAAGGUCAUUGCCUGAUGCUGGUCUCAUCAUUCGGGGUAGAUACCACCAAGUAACCCCUCCCAAGGAUCCAACCUUGGCUAUCGACCAGUUAUGUGCUGAAUUAGAGCUAAAUACUGAACAGCCAAUGUCAGUGCAAGACAAACGACGAUCUUUUCCCACUUCAUUCGCUCAUGAAAAUAUGUAUACAGCAACUAAUACCGCAUAUGAGCAACCAACUCGACGGUUAAAUGAGAGGAAAGCACAACCAUAUCAGCAACAACAACAACAGCAGCAACAACAACAACCCAAACCUCUGUACCCUACUGCCAUUAGUACACAUCAACCGGUGCUUCAGACGCGCUCAACGCCGUUAAACGGCAGCAACAUUAACAACAACAGCAGCAGUCGACUGUCGCAAGCGCAACAUCAACCAGCGCAGCAAACCGCGCCGCAGCGCAGCGCGCCGCCGCCAGCAUACACGACGCAUCCGGUUGUGCGACGAGCACCGCAAAGGCAACAAAAGUCGCUCGAUGAGGUCACAAAUAUGUUGAAUAACGUUGUGAACGAAUUCCAUACAACACAACAACAACAGCGACGGAAACCGGCACAGCAGAGCAGUCAUGCUCUCUACGCCACACCUCAUUCAACAAACCAGUCGAAUCCGUUUGAAACCAUCAAUCAGGAGAAAAUCAAUCCUAGUCGCGUAGAAGCUAUGCAUAAUAUGUUCGAAAGGAAUGCAGCACCGGCGCAGUCUAGGUGGAGCCAUCAAGCGCCAGCUCCUUUUGUAGCCGCCAGACCCAGGGAUGAUGACAACUAUCACGAGAUCAACGAGUUCAGCACUCGACAGCUCAAGCGCGCCACUCCUCCGCGGCAAGCAAACACCAACGCGAUUCGUCAUUCUCCGCAGAACUUCGUUACGGAGUACACUCCACCAUAUCCUUCAACUCAACCGCCUUCUCAUCCUCCUGGAAGAAAUGGGUCAGCCACGUCUUCUCAAAACGGCGGUUACUACUCAUCCAAUAGCUCCGGUGUUGGAGCCCCUGCCUAUCAAAAUCAGAUGACGGCGCGACGUAGUUCGAUUGUCGGUCACCAGUCCAUUUCUUCAAGAGCUCCUUCAAUCGCUGAUGAUGAUGACGAUGAUGGGUUCUAUGAUAACAUCGGAACAUAUGAUGAUCGACGAUUCUCACGAGGUAGCGAGAUGGAUGUCACCUCAUUGUCAUCACAUCAAUUACCACCACACGGUGGCUGGAAACCGACAAAGAUAGGCUCAUUCUUGAGAAAAAUUGGUGGGGGAAGUCGUCCACCGGGAAGUGCUGCCAGCCUUGUCUCGCUCAAUAAGGUCGCAAACGAGACGCCGAUUAAAGCUGGCGUACUCAUGAAGAGCAACAGCCUAAGCAACGAGCCUUGGAAGAAAAUGGUGAUGGACGGUCCAAGCUUGCCAGCCAGGCAACCUACACCCAACAAAGGAGGAUUCGGAACGCGCAUAAAGAACUCUAUAUUUGGCUCGAAAAAACGGUUAAAUGGCUGAACGCGUCCCAGUCUCUGGCUAACUCCACGUGUCUAUAUCUUAAAUGCUUCUUUGACUUGAAGCGCAUUAUCUUCCUCCUUAAAACGCAUAUUUGAAUAAGUUACUUAAUUUUUAUCUGUUAACUAGCCCGCUUCCGUUCAGUGCCGCUAAAAUAUGUGCCAUAAAAGGAAAAAAUUGGGUGAAGCAGUGUAAGCCUGUAUUUGUUCAUUUUUCUUGUUAUGUUUGUAAUCCAACACUCUGAUCAAAUCGCGUAUUUUUGUUCAAGUAAAGUUGCAAUAAUUGUCGACUGCGUCUGCAUCAGAACAUUUGCUCACCAACACACCAUGUUGUUGUUGUCUAGCUACAUUUUGUAUGGGCGUAUCACCGUCUGUGCGAUGCCAGCCGAACGAACGAACAUUACGUCUCGCUUUGCUCUCGGUUUUGCAUCCACAGACAGCAAUAGUCCUGCUACAUGGGUGACUCGCUCGUGCCUUGUGAUUGAUGUGUUAUAUUCAAAUUAUAGUUUUAUGUGAUAAACUUUUUUCUAUGA